AUGAAAAUUGAUGAACACGUAGAUGAAAGCAAUGUGUCCACAAAGAUUCAAUGUAAAGUGAAGAGGAAAUGUAAAUUAGGGUCUGAACAGCGGAUCAAGCUAGUGCUAUUAUUAGUGCUGCUAUUGAGUGCAAAUUCUAGUGGUAAUAGUUUUAGUGGGGGUAGAAAUUCUAUGUUAAGGACUAGAAUCAUAGGUACGAGGUACGGUAAACUACAAGGUGUCAUCCUACCUAUGGAUCAACAUAAGUAUUUGAAACCGAUUGAAGCGUACUUAGGAGUACCGUAUGCGACUCCUCCCACUGGUUCUAAUAGGUUCGCACCUACCAGAGCACCGGCACCGUGGGAUGACGUGAAAACGGUUGAUCAAAUGGGUCCUGUAUGCCCCCAACGGCUGCCAGAUAUCUCGAACGAGACGCUUGUCCUUGAAAAAAUGCCGAAGGGUAGACUAGAGUACUUGAGGAGAUUACUGCCUAGAUUGAAAAAUCAAAGUGAAGACUGCUUAUAUAUGAAUAUUUAUACACCUGUUCAAGUUGGACCGACACUUCAGGCGAAGUAUCCAGUGGUUAUUUUCAUUCACGGCGAAUCGUUUGAAUGGAAUUCUGGUAAUGUCUACGAUGGCGCCGUACUGUCGAGCUAUGCGGGUUUAGUUGUUAUAACAAUCAACUAUCGUCUCGGCAUAUUAGGAUUCCUAAACGCAAAUCCCAUACCUCAUUUGAAAGCAAGAGUGGCGAACUACGGGUUGAUGGACCAAAUUGCCGCAUUACAUUGGGUUCAACAGAAUAUAGCGCUAUUUGGGGGUGAUCCCGGAAAUGUUACAAUGUUGGGACACGGGUCAGGUGCCGCCUGUAUAAAUUUUUUGAUGAUUUCACCUACCGUCGUAACUGGUCUAUUUCAUCGAGCCAUCCUCCUAUCCGGAUCAGCGUUAAGUUCGUGGGCACUUGUUGAGGAUCCAGUAAGCUAUUCCGUCCAACUUGCAAAACAAUCAAAUUGCACACUCCCCGAAGAUAUUGUUAAAGACCACGAGCUAAUCGUUGACUGUCUUCGAGAGGUACCACUUCUAGAAUUAAUGUCAGCAGAAAUUAGCACACCAAGCUAUCUCACAGCUUUUGGUCCAUCAGUAGACGGAGUUGUUGUAAAAACUGACUACGCGAAAGAACUCCUAACAUUCUUCAUACCUAACGAUCUCCAAGGCUUUACCAGUGUAUCGGGUGUCAACAAUAUCAAGGCGGACAAAAGAAGCGGAGAUAGGAUUUUCGGGAUAAGAGGCGGGCAGAAUAAAUAUGAUCUGCUAUUCGGCGUGGUAACGAGCGAGGCUCUGUGGAAAUUCUCGGCUCAAGACAUACAAAACGGUUUCGAGGGUGAGAGGCGAGACCGAAUAAUACGGACGUAUGUAAGAAACGCCUACACAUAUCAUUUGAGUGAGAUAUUCUUUACUAUAGUCAAUGAAUACACCGACUGGGAGCGGACAGUACAGCACCCAAUCAACACAAGAGAUGCUGCAGUACUAGCCUUAUCAGAUGCUCAGUACGUCGCACCAUUGGUGCAGACUGGUGACUUCCUGAGUGUCAGCAAAAGCGCUAUUGGAACUGGACCAAAUACUUUCUUCUAUGUAUUUGAUUACCAAACUAAAGAUGGGGACUACCCACAGCGCAUGGGUUCUGUACAUGGAGAAGAAUUGCCGUACUUAUUUGGAGCACCACUUGUAGAGGGUCUCGGACAUUUCCCCAAAAAUUAUACGAAAUCUGAAGUCGCAUUAUCUGAAGCAUUUAUAUUGUAUCUAGCGAACUUCGUGAGAACUGGAAAUCCAAAUGAAGCUCAGCGACAAGAGGCCGUGUUGCCAAUAUCUAGAGAGAGAAACAAGUUCAAGACAAUAUUCUGGGACGAAUACGAUACUCUACAUCAGAAAUAUUUGGAAAUUGGAAUGAAGCCGCGCAUGAAAAACCAUUACCGAGCCCACCAGCUGUCUGUGUGGUUACGGCUAAUCCCGGAAAUCCAUCGGGCGGGGAUGAAGGACGUUGUCGCGAAACACAACCUAUUUCGCAACCACAAUGAUCCGGAACUGUACGACGGGCUAGUCCGCCCCGAUCCUCUCACUCGGGCUAACUACUUCGAUCCUACGCUCGAGCUUUAUCGACGGCCAUACAAUAUUAGUCUAGAUAUACCAUCGACGACUGUGGAAACGUAUGCCACAACUUGCAUCAGUGUCAUGUCGCCUCGACCCGACUCACUUGUCACUCAGAGUCAGACCAACAAUUCACAUCCUCAAGACGUUUCCAAUUUAGAGGUUGCCGGUUAUACGGCGUACUCGACAGCUUUAAGUGUCACGAUUGCAAUAGGAUGUUCCUUAUUAAUCUUAAAUGUCCUUAUAUUCGCCGGAGUUUAUUACCAACGAGAUAAAACUAGAUUACAAGUAAAAGCAUUACAGCAACAGAAGCGUAAUCAUAAUGCAACAUUCGAUAACGUUUCGAAACAUCCCCAUUAUUUCGUUGGUCAUUCACAAAGUUCUAGCACAAUAGUGGAUAUCGAUCACCAAGACAAAAAUGCAAUUAUCGCCAUGACGAAUCGCGUUCCUCACUUCACUAGUGCAAAUUGCCCGAACGUCUGUCACACUGGCAUACAAAUGUCGAAUUUAAAGUCCAGUCCGAAUAGAGGACAGUGUACCACUUUACCGAGAAAAGUUGGCUUCAGUUAUCAAAAUCAGAUAUGUAAUGCAUCAAAUUGUAUGACAUUACCUAAAAACGCUACGUUUAUGAGUAGCGGUAACUUACCAGAUGUGCAAGCACAAACUGGUCAGUCUCAGACGCCAGGGAAUGGUUCCGUACCAUCUAAUUCACCGCCAUCACAGCAUUUUUCUCAAAAAUCUAGGGUUCCUCAAGCAGCUAUGUCAGAAAUGAACGUA